AACAGUCUUUGCCACCAUAAGACCAGUGGAAAUUUCCAGUCGGUCUAUUCAUUGCUAUAAAACGGAGGUGAAAAGUGGUUGAAAGCGAAAUACACUUUUAACGACUUAAAACUCUUCUUAAAGCUGCAUAAGACAAUUAUUUGGACACCACUUCCCAGCUUAACUGCAAGCACUUGACUCUACAUCUCUCCAUUUUCCAUCUUCACUUGUGACAUAUAAGAGCCAGCAUGUCUCAGCAGCAGAUUAACCUCCCUGCCAAACUCAUUAAUGGCGGUAUUGCCGGUAUUGUUGGGGUUACGUGUGUCUUCCCCGUUGACUUGGCUAAGACCAGGUUACAGAACCAGAGAAGUGGGCAGCAAGUCUACAAGAGCAUGAUGGACUGCCUUGUCAAAACUAUUCGAUCGGAGGGAUACUUUGGAAUGUACAGAGGGGCAGCAGUAAACUUGACUUUGGUUACCCCUGAGAAGGCCAUCAAGCUGGCAGCUAAUGACCUCUUCCGCCAUCACCUUUCCAAGGACGGAAAAGGCUUAACAGUAUUCAAAGAAAUGCUAGCAGGGUGUGGUGCAGGCAUGUGCCAAGUUAUUGUUACUACCCCCAUGGAAAUGCUCAAAAUCCAGCUGCAGGAUGCAGGCAGAAUUGCAGCCCAACAACAGAAACCAGUGAUGAUGUCUCCCACAAAGCUGGCGGUGACGAACACGGUGCUGAGUCGCUCGUACAACUCGGGUCCUGUGAUGUCUGCAACAAGAGCCGUGUCGGCAACGCAGAUUGCGAAGGAACUCCUGCAAAAACAGGGCAUCCAGGGCCUGUACAAGGGCCUGGGGGCAACACUCAUGAGGGAUGUACCCUUUUCUAUUGUUUACUUCCCAUUGUUUGCCAACCUGAACCGACUGGGCAAACCCAGCCCUGCAGAGUCAUCGCCCUUCUACUGGGCCUUCCUGUCAGGGUGUGUUGCAGGAUCUACUGCUGCGGUUGCAGUCAACCCUUGUGAUGUGGUGAAGACCAGACUGCAGUCCCUCAACAAAGGAGCAGUUGAGGAGAGCUACAACGGAGUUAUGGAUUGUGUGAGUAAAAUUAUGAGGAAGGAGGGGCCGUCUGCCUUUCUGAAGGGGGCAGGCUGCCGUGCUCUGGUCAUUGCACCUCUGUUUGGAAUUGCACAGGUCAUGUAUUUUGUUGGUGUUGGUGAAUAUAUCCUGGACAACUAUUCUCCAAGUUUCCUGUCUGUCUGAGCUGCAUCAGCAGGCCAUCUACACACUGGGCCUGACGUAACUACUGGCAGCUACAAUCAGUUUACAGCCAAAAA